UUCAAGCUCCAAUCCAGGAGGCUAUUACAUAUCUCGAUCAUCUUCUUCAUGGAUCUUCUUCUUCGUCUCCUCUCAUGUCUUGCACCAUUCAUACUCUUCCUUUUACUAUACCUUAGAAUAAUAAACCGUAAUAACAACAACAAAAACCAGUUAUUACCCCCUGAGCCCGCGGGGGCCCGGCCUUUCGUCGGCCACCUUCCACUACUCAUGAGCAGCCAGGUUCAUCUGGUUCGGACCCUGGGCGGGCUGGCGGAUAAAUACGGCCCGGUCUUCACCAUCCGCAUCGGCAUGCCUCGGGCCUUGGUGGUUAGCCGUUGGGAAGCCGUUAAAGACUGUUUUGGAACCUACGACAAGAUCUUCGCCUCCCGGCCGGCUUCCUGCGCCGGCACGUACCUCGGCUACGACAAUGCGGCGCUGGCGUUCUCCACCUACGAUUCGUACUGGAGAAAAGUGAGAAAAAUGGUGGUGGUUGAAUUGCUGUCCAAUACGAAGUUGGAGAAAUUGAAACAUGUUUGGAUGUCGGAGCUGACCAGCAACGUCAAAGAACUGUAUAAUCACAUCGUUCGGAACGGCGGAGUUAACGGCGUUAAGGUGGACAUGAAUGAAUGGAUGCGACAUUUGAACUACAACAUGAUAUCGAAGAUUGUGGUGGGGAGACGAUACAAGUUCACGAUCGAGCACGGGAUAGAAGACGAGGAGGCGCGGCACAUGAGGAAGGCGUUCAAGGAGUUCAUGUCUCUCGCCGGCGAGCUCGUGUCGGCGGACGCGCUGCCGUUUCGGAUAUUCCGGUGGUUGGAUUUCGAGGGUCAUAUAAAGAACAUGAAGCGGGUUACCCGGACCAUGAACGCGUUUCUUCAAGUUUGGAUAGAUGAGCAUGUCAAGAAGAGAAAAGAAUCAACGGGGGAUGUAGAAGAUCGGGACUUCAUCGACGUCAUGCUUUCUGUCAUCGACGAUGAGUUCACCGCCGGUUACCGUUAUACACGCGACACCAUUAUUAAGGCAACUGCAGUGAGUAUGCUCCAAGACGGCGCGGAGACGAUGGCGGUAAACAUGAUAUGGCUAAUGUCCUUACUAUUGAAGAACAGAGAAGUCUUGAAGCGAAUUCAAGAAGAACUUGACGCCAAAGUGGGCAGAGAGAGAUGGGUGGAGGAUUACGACAUCGACAAUUUAAUAUACCUCCAAGCAGCAGUCAAAGAAUCCAUGAGAUUAUAUCCACCGGCGCCGUUCCUCGUACCGCACAAAGCAUCAGAGGACUGCAACGUCGACGGAUACUAUGUUCCAAAGGGCACCCAGUUGUUCGUGAACGUAUGGAAACUGCACCGUGAUCCCCGGAUUUGGCCGGAUCCGGAGAAGUUCUCGCCGGAGAGAUUUUUGAAUACCCCAGAAAACGUCGAUCCCGCGGCUAGGCAGUAUGGAUAUAUACCUUUCAGCUACGGCAGGCGAUCUUGUCCGGGGAUAUCGUACGGUCUGAAAGUGACGCAUCUUACGUAUGCAAGAUUGCUCCAAGGUUUCGAUUUCAGCCCGCCGGAGAAUAUGGCGGUGGACAUGAGUGAAGCUCUGGGCAUUACCAUGCCCAGAGCAAACCCAUUAGAAGCCGUCAUCACGCCUCGCUUGCCCUCUGCCCUUUAUGCGGCGUCAUAGGUGCAAGUUUAAGGUUUAAAUUCGGAUUAUAUUAGUGGUCUUUCAUCGGCAAAAUCAUCAGAAAAUGGUUAAUGUUUACUCUAUAUAUGUAUCUGUUUGAAGAAUAAAAAUGAGAAGGAUAUGUAAUAUGGAACUGUGUUUGAAGAAAUACAUUUGAUAAAGGGAAAAUGGCAUCUUUA